AUGACUCCCGAGAGCACACAUAUAGGUGAUUCGCCGAAUCAGGUAUUGUCUUUGACAACAGACAGUGUAGACAACUUACCAGAGCCUGCCUUGUUAUCUUAUCCCCUAUUCACCCAUCUCUGGCGCCUUGGUGGCUCUGGGGGACGCAAGAGUAACAACCCCAACUCUGCAAAGUUGUCGAUCAAAGGGGCCCUGGACGAGGCCCCGGAAAAGAGACUCCAGAUAGUGAUUGAAGGCGUCAUCGAGAAACUUGAGGUUGAUAGCGGGAUGGCCCCUUCGCAUUAUAGGGUAAACUCCCUUGUAGCUAAUGAGGUUCGCGAUUGGCUGUCAAAGGAGGUAGGCAUGGAAGUGGGGGUCUUGGAUAUUGUGGGCAGUCAGUCAAUGGUCGAUCUGGGGGAGCGGGUGCUCAAAGCCAGGGGUUAA